CAAUAAAAAAACAAAAAUUGAAAUUGAAAAACAGUUGAAAAGGCUGCAAGAGCUCUCUGCUUUGUCUCUUGCUGGCUCCUUCCAAGUAAAGAACGGUACCUUCCUCUUCACCACGCACUAAUUAAAUACUUUCCUUUUAAAAAACAUUAAUAAUUAAAAUUAAAAUCGUGAUUUGUGUUAAAACCGCUCAACAAAAUCCACCUCACUCUCACUCAGCAGCAGAAACAAAUUCUUCAUUGUUCGGAUACGGAGCUCCAUAACAUAACCCGCAUUGCUCUCACUCCACCUACUCAACGACGCCGUAGAGAGAGGUAAUAAUGUCCAUGACGAUGGUGAUGGAGGAAGACGAAGAAGACGCAGAAAUAGAGCACGUGUUUAUUGCUCAUGAAAUUGACCUCGAUUACGAGUUCGACGCUGCAAGGUUCUUCGAUUUCACUCGCCCGGAGACUCCCGCGGAAGCUCACGAAGCCCAACACUGGUUUCAAAAUGCCGCUAGUUACCCUCCUUCGCCUUUUGUGAGAAGGCUGCUAGUGGUGAGAGAGGAUUUGUUCUUGGAAGAUGUUGGCGAUUCGCCGAAGUCCGAACACGUGGAAUGCGCGAGUAAUGUGGAUGAUGAAAAAUCUACUGUUCCGUUAGGGAUUGGAUUUUCGGACACGGCUUUUGAGAAUUGUGGUCCAAAAACACUUGGUGAAAAUAUCUCUGGCUUGUUGGCUGGAAUUCUACAAAAUGAUGGUGCAAGGUCCCUACAAGUACCUACAGGACUUACCUUUGGCAGUAAGACAAUUAGCAACAAUUUGAACUCUAAGGCUAAGUCUGCUGUACCAAAGAGUUCAACACUAAUGAAACCUACCGCUAGUCAAUUGGCCAAGCAAAAUCACCCUGCUAAAAACAUCGGUUCAAGAUUUCAGAAGCUACGAACUCAGAAUGAACAAAAUUUAUCUAUCUCUACUGGGGUAGAAAAUCAAGCUGCCAAGCGGCAAAAAUUAGAGAGUGGUCUCUUGUGUAAGGUUUCUGAUGUGAAGCAGCAAACCAAUUUUUUCCACAAGGCACCAAUGAUGGCUGUCACUGUUGAACAAAACUCUGCAUGUUCGAAGCUAAGGCUUACUAUUCCAAGGGAGCCUGACCUUAGAACAGCACGUAGAGCACAUAGGAUAAGACCCAAGAAUGUUGGAGAGGCAGAGCAUGUGACAGUCGCUGCUCCCAAAUUCAAAGCUCGCCCAUUAAAUAGGAAGAUUCUUGAGGCUCCUUCAAUGCUACCUCCCAAAAGGAGCACUCCGAGAUUGCCUGAAUUUCAAGAAUUUCACUUGAAGACUUUCGAGAGGGCAAUGCAACACACAUCUGCUAUGUCAUCUUCAUUUCACUAUGAUGAUUCUGAUAAGGGUUGGGACAAGCAUACUAGUGUUUCUGCUUUAGAAAAUAGAAUCAAGGAUUUAAGAAGACCUGCAGCUGCAGCUGCACCAACUAAUGAUGGAUUGGGUUUUACUCAUAUUUUUAAAGCUCAGCCUCUUAAUAAGAAGAUACUUCCAAGUAAAGGAAAUGGUGGUGUUUUCCAUAACAGCAAACAGGAAACAACAGUCCCCAUGGAAUUUGACUUACAGACUGAAAAGGAGGUUCAGCAUGACCCCCCAGUUGAACUCUUCAGCAAGCUGUCUCUGACAUCCGAAGGCCAGCCAAAUAACGGAUCUCAUUUCAAACUGCCUCAGCAUUCUGGGAUGUGUAGAAAGGACUCAAAAGAAAAUAUAUUUAAUUCUUUUCGUCUGGACCAAGAGGAGAAGGCUUUUAUGUUAAGGGCAAACCGAACGUCUCGAGGGAAUGGCAGUUGCAUCAGUCUGAUGGGUGCAAGGAGGAGCUUAGGAAUUCGAUGACAAAAAACGAGGGAAAAUGUGCAACCUGCUUAGUUAUGGACAUCAGACUUGAAGUUUUGCUGCUAACAUGAAGAUUUUCGGUACAUAGUUGAAUCUGACAGUCCCCUAACAACUCUAUGCGGAUGAUAGAUGUAUAUUUUUUUACUGUACACAGAAUCUUACUUUUUUCUAGAAAUGAACAAAAUCCUAGGUGCAUAGCUGUAACUUCUUUAACUGCCACUGAUCAUGAUCCAAAAAAUAUAGUAUCAUUUAAGGCCAGAGUGUUGCGUUGUCUUCAGCUUAUGCCAAUUUCGCUUUUCGUAGCA